CAUAUCAAAAAGUAACUUUAUGGGUCAAACAAUAGUGCUAAAUAACUUUGCUAAUUCAUAUGACCAAUAUAAUAAUAAGUUAAUCAAUUUGAAAUAUGAUGAAAUUAAAACUGGGCACAAUUUGCACAAUAUAAAGAGAGUUAACAAAUAUCUCACAAAAUCGGAAUAUAACAAAACUGAUAAGCUCUCUCACAAUGAAACUUCAAACCUUAAAGAGAUUCAACCAUUUAUACCAAUUUACCAUGCAUUCUCUUAUAUAAUUGAACAACUUAAUCUCACUCAGUAUUUUAAUUCAGAUGAAGCAAUAUAUUCUCAACAUUGUAUUUUAAAAUAUUUUUAUUAUUUGUUAUCAAAACAUGUAAAACAAAUCCAUUUGUCAUCAGUUAAACAAAUCCAUUUGUCAUCAGUUAAAACGGAGUUUAAUCCAGAAUUUAAUGAAAUUCAUCAAUUGUUAUUAAAUUCUAAUAAUAAUUUAGACCUAAAUUAUUUUCCAUCAGAAAUUAGUUUAACUAUUCUCUCAAAACUAAAUGCAACAGAUUUAUGUUUAGCUUCUUGUGUAUGGAAUUCCUUAGCUAACGAUAACUAUCUAUGGAUGAACUUAUGCAAAAAUACUUGGAAACAUUGUGAGCUAUACAAAGGAAAUUUGUCUGAAAAUGAAGAUAACACAUCCUAUAAACAUUUGUAUCUAUUGUUAGAUGAAGUCACAUUAACUUUCAAUGCAGAUUAUGAUUUGGGUUUAUCAUACAUGCUAAAAUAUGAACUUAUAAACAAUAACCCUAACAAUAUAGCAUGCUUUUUCAAUGGCACACAUGUGAUAGAUCGGCAUCAAUUGGGACUAUAUUUUAAUCAAAGAAGAGACAUAUUUAAUUGUUACAUGAAUCUGCAAAAUUACCAUGAUAAAAUUCUCUCUACGGCCCUCAGAAACUUGUUUAAAGCAGUCAAACCUAUGAUAAAAGUUUUCCAUAAUCAUCAUUAUGUACCACCUGAUAAUGCGAACGAAGACAUACUGAAUAACAAUAUAAACGACAAUUUUUUGAAACUAAUAAUAGAAACAUUCGCUUCCAUAUAUUUGCCACACAAUCGCUCCCUCUUGCAAAGAUUUAAUAUUGAUACUGACGAAAUAUUCAUGAUAUGCUUCUCCUUAAUAAUGCUUUCGGUCGAUCUCUACAGCCCUCACGUCAAAAACAAAAUGUCUAAGCGAGAAUUUAUAAAAAACAUAAAACAUGCGAUAGUUAAAAAUAGCCAAAAUUCGCGAAAUUUUAAUCAAAAUAAUACGGUCCUCCUCCAUACAAACAGAAAUUUUACUGGACAAACGACGAAUAUAAGUGUUACGAGUGAUUUCGAAGGAUGGCUAGGAAAUUUGUACGACGAUAUAUACAUAAACGGCGCAUUAAUGUUUUAAAAAAGAAUCGUAAGAACUUAAAGUUUACGUGGUUAUACUAGAACGACCUUAAAAGAUUUUCAGUCACAGAUUCAUAUUCAAAAACAGAUUUUUGAACAAUGACCCAAAUGACACAAAAAAUAUUAUGUAAAUAAAUCAUGUAUAUUGUAUAAUAAUCAUUUUAUUUCGAUGUAAUAUAAUUUAUUCGUUAUUUUUAAAUACAUGAAAUUUUUUUGUAUUGUCAAUUUAAAAAAAAUUUAUUAAUAUAAUUAAUUAUGAUUGUUUAAACCAUAAAAUGCUACGAAUA